AUGCCUGUCACCGAGUUCGCCCUUUUUACCCUCCGCGACUCCUAUGAUCCCAUCGAGCUCCUCGAGACGGUCAUGGAGUGCCAGGAGAUCCAGGACGACUGGGUCCGCGCCAACCACCCCAACGAGUGCGCCAAGCGAGCCUCCAUUAGCCGCAUGUACACCGACACCACCACCACCCCCUCGGCUCACCGCGUCGCCAUCACCGCCCCUUGGCAGUCGCCCGCCGUCCACCGCGCGUGGAUCGAAACGCCCGCCAACCAGGGCGUCAUGGCCAAGUUUGCCACCUUUCUGCCUGCCGGCGCCGUCCCGGACCAUACCGCCGGCUGCCACCAGCCCUGCGACAACAACCCCGGCUUCCUCUUCUUCCACAUGCACGCCGCGGGCCGCCGACACGUCCUCCACGAGGCCUUUACCCCCAAGGAGGCGCUCGUCGUCACGCGCCUCGCCGCGCAGGAUGCCGCGGGAAAGGAGCAGCUGCAGGCGCGCUACGCCGAGCUCGAGCUGGCGCUGCUCGCUGCAGCUCCGAAAGACAGAAUCUGGGCCGGCUGGCGCAUCGAAAAAGAAGACGGCCAGGAGGAGCUCGUCGUCUUUCGCAACGCUGACGUGACGCCUGAUCAACUGGCGCCGCUCAAGCAGUACGGCAAGCCCAUAGACCACGACAUUCAUCUCUCCGAGAUAGCUCCUUGA